GUUUGAAUUUAUGAUUGAUUGUAAUUUGUUGUGAUUUGCGGUUGGAUGAAAUGAUUCGAAAAUCAAAAUAUAUUAUUUGAUAUAUUCCUAGACUGGUCAGGUUUAGGACAGUGAAAGUGAUACUGUUGGUUAUAAAUCGAGUCUGAGAAUUGGUGGAGUAAAUAAUCUGUGUUAUUCAAUACCACGCCGGAGUCCAGGAUGUCGGCUUAUUAUGAUUACUACGACGGCAGCAAAUUAUUCCUAUUCAUAUCACACCGCCUCGGUCUUCCAAUAGAUCUUGUUAAUUUUUUGAUUGCACAAUUAGCUGCACUAUGCCUGGCCCGUCUGUUUCGGAAACCAUUGAGACUUGCUUCGCCCGAAUUUCGACACUCUGUGUGCCUUAUUAUAGGUCUGAUUAUGGGAUAUUUUUGCUUCGGAAAGCAAUCUAUACACAUGUCUGUACUUCCAAUGCUGAACUACACAUUGCUGAGAGUGGUACCUCAUCAUCACAUGGGAAACGUUAUAUUGGCGACUUCUAUGAUAUAUUUGUCGUGUCUGCAUUUACAUCGUCAGAUAUACCACACUGCAGACUAUUCACUUGAUAUAACAGGUCCCCUCAUGGUAAUAACGCAAAGAGUUACCUCACUAGCAUAUGCGCUGCAGGACAGCUAUAGUGAAAAGAAAGGAACUAAUGCAACACCAAGUAGCGAAAGCACAUGUGUUAAAUUGGCGAGGAUUGACAAAACGCCAUCUCCUUUAGAGUAUUUUGCCUACAUGUUGGCAUUCCAAACGCUUAUGUGUGGACCCGUUGUUUUUUACGCAGAUUACAUAAAGUUUAUUGAAGGCGGUCGCGUUGACGGGGAGGACAAACUAAGCGGAUCGGAGCCUUCACCUCGACGAGCUGUGUUUUACAAAGUAUUUGGAUCCGUGUCGGCUGCUGUACUUUAUUUGUCGCUAGCCAAAAAAUACCCCAUUACAGUUUUCGAAGAACUAACUGAUCCUGGUUCCGAGAUGUCCCGGUCGUGGUCAGCUCUGUACCUUCUGUGGUACGCGUACCUUUCGACAUUAGUGGUGCGUUGCAAGUAUUACCAUGCUUGGCUUCUCUCCGAAGCAAUUUGCAACAAUUCCGGCAUGGGUUUCAACGGAUACGACACUGAUGGCACGCCGAAAUGGGACAAGAUGUCGAACAUUGACGUUUUUGGUUUUGAGUUCAGCCAAAACUUCCGAACGGCAGUGGCUUCAUGGAACAAGAACACGAACACCUGGCUGCGAGGCGUGGCUUACGAGCGUGGCAAUGCGGCGUGGAGGACCACGCGUGUCUACGCGCUUUCCGCCGUGUGGCAUGGCUUUCAUCCCGGGUACUACCUCACCUUCUUCGCUGGCGGUAUCUUUACAGUCGCUGCUCGGAAGAUCCGCAAAGUUGCUCGUCCGAUGUUCCUGGGUAGCAGGCCUAAGAAAGUGUUCUACGACGUGGUAACAUUCCUCACGACGCGCGUCUGCAUGACUUACGCCACAGUGCCCUUCGUGCUGCUGCAUUUGACGCCGUCUCUCGCUUUUUACGGCAAAUUCUACUAUUCACUUCAUUUCAUAGCCCUGGGCGCGUUGUUGAUCCCAGAGAAACGAGGCGGCAAAGAAAACUCUGAUACUUCCUUGAAGUCUUCCUAUUCACGUAACACACCGGUUACGAACGGCGACAUGAAAAUUAAAUAAUUUUACACACAAAUAUAGUUAAAUAUAGUAGCUAAAGCAAAUUUCUAAUAAAAAUAUAUACAAUAGUACGGUCACGCAGUCUUAAUAGGCUAAUGGCGCAUUGACACCGGGUCGUCUGCCGCCCUCGGCAGACUACUUCACCUUGCCGAAGGCGACGCAAUCGACUAGCCGUUUACACCGAAUCAUCUACCGCCUUCGGCAGACUACUUCGCCUUACCGAAAACAACGCAGUCGACUCGCCAUUUACACCGAGUCAUCUGCCGUCUACGCUUACAAAGUUCUCAUUAACCAAAAAUUUCCCACAUAAUAAUCUCGAGAAAAAAAGUUAAAAAAGCAGUCCAUAUUUAUUUAUUUUUAUUCGGUCAUUGUUUUUUGCCACAUCUAUGCAAAUGGCAACACAUACAAUAUGCAAAUAACUAUUUAACAAUUUGGGAACUUAUCGCACACUUUUAUGGUGUUUCUAUACAAACGAGUAAUGUGCGAUGUUGCAAAAAAAUACAUCAAUAAUAUUCAUCGUAAUUGAUGUUUUUUAUCAACAAGCAUCAAACUAUCUAUGUAUCAGCAUUAUAUGGGGUAAAAUGGUAAAACGUACAAAUGUCACAUUAUUCCAAUCCCCACAAAAUUCCAGCGUUUCGUGAAUUCCCCACAAACUACUCUACGCAACACUGCUCAGGACGCGUAACGCAGUUGAGACGCGGCCACAGACUCGUUGAAACCUGUGCGGUCGAUCAUCGCUUGCCGAAGGCGAUCGUGUCGUCCAUAGCAUUUACCACCUAGUCGCUUUGGUCGACUUGGGCUUCGAACUAUGGAUUUCAGACGACUCAGGUCUAUAUUUACACGUAGGUCAGUAUUUACACCGGUAGCCUGUCGACUUGGUGUACAUGCGCCAUAAAUAGUCGCGAAAGAUAAAACAUAUCUAAAGGUAAACAAUGUAGAUCAACUUAGCCAAGCGUUACACCCAAUGAAAAUUGAUACUAUUGAAAAUUUAUAUAAACUAUAAACUUUGACACUCAUUUUUCCAAUGAGAUUUUAUCUUGAAGUGUUGAUGGUCAAAAUUACGUGUUUGAGAUUUCGACAACUGUGAUGCUUACACGUGAUAGGACAAUAAAGGAAACUCAAGUUACCACGUCAAAAAUGUGUUACCACUUAAUUUGAAUUAACUGGCAACGCUACAUCUACUUGCCAGGGUUAUAAGAGUGACGCAACACGGCACUUUAAAAACCUUUCGUCAUUUAAAAUAACUUCUGGUGGUGAAAUUACAGGCACACGGGACAUGUCAACUUAUGUGUCAAGAUGACAGGCUCAGAGGCCCCCAGAUCUUUGCGAUUUAUAAAGCUCUGAGUGGCACUGCAACAGUCAUGGAUGGUAAGCGACAUACCAGGUAUGUCGCUUUCCACCAGGCGCACAACUUGUUCAUCGCGUCGCUUGAUAUCAUAAAAAAGCACUUCAACAAAAUGUAAUUGGGGGUAUGACAGCAACCAAGUUACGCGACCGAAUUUUCAGCAGGUAAUGGCGCUAGGUUAUCUUAUAUUACAGACAGAGGAGAGAGAAGUUAGGCACACAUUCUCAGAACUUUCAUACCGGAAUAUGUUCUCUCCGCUCUAAAUCAAACCUUUUGACGUCUUCACAUUUUUAAAAAUAAUAAUUUAUGUUAAAUAUCUUACAAAAACUUGUGCUUUAUGUGGAGGUUAUUCAUAUCAUGAUGUACAGUAAUUACAUCUUUUUGUUUAAAUGUUUUAUAU